CGCUCAAAGGGUUUACAUCAUACUCAGACAGUAUAGUCACUGAUUGUAUGAUUAAGAGUAAAGUGUAUUGUAUUUGUAUGUAGCAGUGUAAGGUUAGGUGUAAAUCGCAGGCGAGGUCAGCAAGUUGAGGAUAUUGUUUAAUGUUGCCAAUGUAUUAUGUAAACUGUUUUUUCACAAAGCGACUAUGAAAAUUUACAGAAGUCUAUUAUUAAUAUUUUCAUGUUUUUCUCGAAAGUAACCUGAAAAUUUGUUUUGAUUUGUUUUUGGUUUACUUAAAAAUAUGAUAGACCUGUUGUAAAACAUGAUAAGCCUUUGGUGAAACAAUAAAAUUAGUUUUUGGUUUGAAUCUCACAAUAUAUAAGUAAUUUAUUGUUAAGAACGUAUAUGUAAUUUUAUUAUCAAUUAAAAAUGUCUUGGUUUAGAGAUAGUUCAUUAACGUGGGCUCAGUUAUUUUGUGUGAGACUUUUAAAAUGUGGUGUAAUUCCUCAACAUGCAGCUUUUAUUAUGGAUGGUAACAGAAGAUAUGCUAAACAAAAUAAUGUAAAGAAGAUUGAUGGCCAUUCCAAAGGGUUUGAUAAAUUGUCAGAAACUCUUCAGUGGUGUUUAGACCUUGGUAUAUCAGAAGUUACUGUAUAUGCUUUUAGUAUAGAAAACUUCAAGCGAAGUAAAGAAGAAGUGGAAGAUUUAUUAGAACUGGCUCGUCAAAAAUUCCAAAGGCUUUUGGAAGAAAAAGAAAAACUAAUGGAAAAUGGAGUAAGGAUCCGAGUUAUUGGAAAUAUGUCAUUACUUCCAUUAGAUUUAGCCAGGCUUAUUGCAGAGGUUGAACUCCUCACCAAAGAUAACAGCAAAGCUAUUCUCAAUGUAGCAUUUGCAUACACAGCUAGAGAUGAAAUGACAGAGGCAUUUAAAAAAAUAGUGGAGGCUCACCAGUCCUCUGACCUUGAUACAAGCGACAUCAACGUCCACCUUCUGUCCCAGAGUUUGUACACAAGGGGAUCUCCUUAUCCUGAUCUUUACAUCAGAACAUCUGGUGAAAAACGCCUCAGUGAUUUCCUCCUUUAUCAGUCGGCAUACAGCUAUCUGCACUUCUCAGACGUGCUCUGGCCCGACUUCACAGCUUGGCAUCUACUGGCUGCAGUGUUCCAUUACCAGCGAACCUACCCACAGCUAGCGAGGACCAGGGCCAGCCUCUCCACAGUGAAGCCCAGACUGUCUGAGAAGGCAGUCAAGUUUUUGCAGACCCUUGAUGAGAAUCACUGGAAAACAGCUGCUUGCAUAAUGACAAACUACUCUAAAGAAGUACAUGUCUAGAUCACUAAAAGGACUUUUAUAGAAUGAAUAGUACUUGGGAAUCACUUUUGUUUCAACUUUCCUAAUAGGGAAUAGUAAGGGCCUAAUAUUGACAAAUGACGAAUAAUAGUAAAUAUUCAGAAAUGAAAAUAACUUACUGUAUUUAGUUUUUUAAACCUUGUCAAAAUUGUUAAAUUUGUAUAUUGAUUAUUUAAAAGUAUGUAACAAAUAUUUAACAUUUAUACAAAGUGCAUUAAUAAAUGUAAAGGCUGUUAAAACCAGAAGAAUAUGAUUUUUUUCUGUGGCCUAUUGCUGUAUAAACUCUAAACACCGUAUAUCAGCAUACUACCAACUCUUCAGAAAUUGGAAAACUGCUCAAAUUUAUCAGUUUACAAUUUUUAUUUGCUUUAUCAGUUUUAUGUAUUAUAAUACAGUGAGUAAUUAUGUAUUUCAGAAAUCAAAAUACACAAAUAAUAAAUAUAAAAACUGAGAAUUCAAGGAGUUUUUUUUUGCUACUGAUAAGUUUGCAUUAGCUUAUCAUGGAUAGGUUUACUCCACGAUAUCAAAGUUAUUGUGAGGUUGUCAAUGUGUACUCCAUCCUGUACAAUAGUCAGCUUGUCAGAACAUUAAAAGUAACGGAAAGAAUAUCUUAUGUAUAACGGAAAGUUUAUGUAUAAAAUAGUUAUGCACCAUCAUUGUAAUUAUAAAUUUAACCUUUAAUUGGUUACAAGCAUUUGGUUAGCAAAGAAUACUAUAAAGUUUGGAUUUUACAUCUAAUCUAUACGUGACAGUUUUUAUUACAGAGUCAUAAAUCUUAAUUCAAUAUUCAACAUAAACUUCUUCAAUAUUUUUGCUGGCUCAUAAAUUCUUUGUAUAGUAAUUUUAAUUCACACUCAUUAUUUUAGUUUUAGACAUAUAAGAAUAGCUAUACAUUUUGUCAAUACGAGCUGAAACAUGUAAUAUUGUAUAUUUUAUUUAUUUAUUUAAAUUUUUUUGUUAUGUGAGAAUGUAUAAAAUGUAAAUUUGAACUGUAUAUUUGGCUUUAAAAAUAUAGAAUAUAAGUGCAUUGUCUAAUUAA